GGAACAUAUUCCAUGAUUUACUUACGUAAAAAGUAAAAAGUGUAGGCAAAGUGUAUGUCGAAUUGAGUAUAUGUACCGAUGUUGCAGGUCUGCAAUCUAAGUCUUUCAAUUCAAGUUAUCCUUUCCCGCAGUCUUUCCUAAAUACCUACUUUCAAUCCAGAGCCUAACGGAUUUGUCGUGUGCCAAUAUCCCAAGAUGACCGAGUUGUUUAUCAUCGGAGCCACAGGCUAUAUUGGUGGCGAUACAUUCUAUGCAAUUAGCCAGGCUCACCCUGAAUAUGACAUCACCGCCAUGGUUCGAAGCACCGCGAAAGGCGCACUUGUCACUGCCCAGUACCCCAAGGUCCGGCUCGUUUACGGAGAUCUCGAUAGCAUUGACCUGAUCGAGGAAGAGGCUUCGAAAGCAGACAUCGUUUUUCAAUGGGCAAAUGCCGACCACCUCGAGGGGAUCAAUGCUAUUGUCCGCGGAAUCAAGAAAAGUAGCACUCCUACGUUCUUCAUCCACACCUCCGGAGCUGCCGUUCUCCUCAUCGACCACUGGCAAAAGCAGAUAGCUUUCGGCUCGCCUUCCGACAAGAUUUUCAACGACUGGGAUGGGAUCCAGGAGCUUCAUGACCUCCCCGACGCCGCUCCGCACAAGAUUACCGAAAAAGCGGUUCAAGGCAGUUCGGACGAGUCGUCCGUUUUCACGGCCAUCCUCCCCGAGCUCGCACGUGCGACCCUCGAAAGGGGCCACGGAAUCCUGGUCGGCGAGGGCAAGAAUAUCUGGUCAGCGGUGCAUGUCGCGGACCUCAGUGAUGUGUUUCUGAAGCUGGCCGAAGCCGCCGUGCAAGGCGGUGGACGCGCGACGUGGGGGACCGACGGGUACUACUUUGCCGAAAACGGCGAGGUGGAGUGGGGACUAGUGAGUAGGGCCGUGGUGAAAGAGGCCCUGAAGAAUGGGUGGAUUGCAAAAGGAGAGGACGGAAUGGAGACGAUUACUACGGAGGAGGAAGGGAACAAGGUCGCCCCCUUCGGAGCGCACUUAUUGGGGGACAAUAGCCGUGCAAAAGCCGUUCGGGCUCGGAAGCUCCUUGAAUGGGAACCGAAGAAUGCAUCCAUUUGGGAGGAUAUCGAGGGAGCAGUGGAGUAUGAGGCAGAGAGGUUGGGUCUGGCCAAGAAGCAUGCUGACAGGGUGGCGGGCAAGGCUUGA